AUGAUCAUUUUGGCUGUUGAUGUAACAGGGCCCCAGACCUUAGCACAACUGACUCCAAGAUGGAAGUGCCAUGCGGGCUACCUCCCUUAUCUGCCUCCCAGGGAUCGCUUACACCUGAGAAGAACUACUGAACAGCACGUACCAGAGGUAGAAGUACAGGUCAAACGUAGAAGGACUGCCUCACUGAGCAACCAAGAGUGUCACCUGUACCUACGACGUUCUCAGCAGCAGCUGCAGCAAGUUCCUGUGGUGGAUUUCCAGGCAGAACUGAGACAGGCGUUCUUAGCUGAGACACCAAGAAGUGGUUAAAGUAGUAUUGAAACAUCAAGGUGGUGG